GGAAUGAUCCCACACACUGUCCUUUUGAUCUUUGUCUUCCUGUCUCUCCCCGCUCUGUCUGCAGCCUCCGUCCUGCCUGGCUGGUUGGGGCUCCCUUGCCACCAUGGCUGGGCUGCUGCUCUGGGCCAGGCGUCUCUGGGCCUUGCUGCAGGUGGCCUGCCAUGUGGUAGUGGGGAAGCUGCUGAAGACCCUCUUCCCAGACAUGAUGAAGAGGCACAUCCUGAGCCUGGGCCAGAGAAGCAGCAUUAGUCAGAACACUCAGUUUGCGUAUGAGAACUGGGGCCCAACGUUCUUCAGCCUGCAGUAUUUCUUCUUCGUCCUGAAGGUGCGGUGGCAGCGGCUGGAGGACCAGGCACUACCGAGGGGCCUGGCCCCCAACUCUCCUGUGGUCACCCUCAAGGGGGAGAGUCACCACAUAUGGGACUUCAUGCAUGGCAGCAGGCCUUUGGUGUUGAAUUUUGGAAGCUGCACCUGACCCUCAUUUAUCCUCAAAUUUGACCAGUUCCAGAAACUCAUUGAAGAUUUCAGCUCGAUAGCAGAUUUUCUCAUUAUUUACAUUGAAGAAGCUCAUGCCACAGAUGGCUGGGCUUUUGCAAACAAUAUAGACAUUAAACAGCAUCGCACCCUCCAGAAUCGAAUGGAGGCUGCCCAGCUAUUAAUGGACAGGAAGCCACUGUGCCCCAUUGUUUUAGACACCAUGGACAACCUGACCAGCAAAAAAUAUGCUGCACUCCCAGAGCGCUUCUAUGUUCUCCUGGAAGGGAAGAUCCUCUUCAAGGGUGACCCAGGCCCUUGGAAUUACCACCCAGAAGAAGUCCGGGCUGUCCUGGAAAAGUUCAGCAGAUAAACCACAAGGAAGUCCUACAUUUCCAGUGGCAGAAGCGAUUAAGGCUUCUCCACUCCCCCACGCGCCAGAUCACGCCUACUGGGCUGGAAGGCGCUUGGAUCAUUGGCUCCCACGGUCCUCAUCUCAGACGCUGGGUCAGUUCAGCUUGCUCGGUUA